AUGUCGCAUUUUGCUACGCCAGAAAAUGGUGAUGAAGGUUUGUGCACUGGAUACCAACCUGCUCCACCAGGAAUGGAAGAUCUUUGUGAAAAGUCACCCAAACCACCAUCAUUGUCCCCUGAUGGGAAACAUUUCUUCUUACUUAAGGAAAAAACUCGACCGUCUGUGUCUGAUCUAGAUAGGUACCACGAUUUCAGCGGCUUUGAUCCCAACAUUGGAAGACAUUUCCGCAAGUCAUUUUACACCCACAUCGUGAUCCGCUGCUUUUACCGCUUAGGUUCAGAAGAGACCAAGGUAACAGGCCUUCUGGAAGGUGCUAAGAUCUAUUAUGCUCAAUGGUCUCCUAAUUCUCGGCGUUUGGUUAUCUUUGUUCGGGAUGAUCGGGUACUUAAGAAUUCUUUUGCUUUGGUGUUUUAA